CCCUGCCGGGCCAGGCCAUGCCCCCGGCCCGCCCCCGGCCCCGGGCGGGGCUGCCCCGUCCCCGUCCCCGUCCCCGUCCCCGUCCCCGUCCCCGUCCCCGUCCCCGUCUCUGUCCCUGUCCCUGUCCCUGUCCCUGUCCCUGUCCCUGUCCCCGGCCGUCCCGCCGCGGUCUCGCCCCCGCCCGGCUCUGGCCGUGCUGGCGCUGGCGCUGCUGGGCGGGCAUCAGUGCCUGGGGCUGGGGCGGCAUCGCCGCCCUUUGGCUCCGCCUGGCCCGAGCCCGGCCCCGGCCCCGACGUGGGCUCCAGUCCCGGCCCCGGCGCCGGCUCCUCCCGGGCCCCGCGGAGGACACAGGCGGCGCGGCCGCUGCCGCCGCCUCCGCUGCGGCUUCCCCGGCCCGAGCUCCGCCGCUCGGCAGCGCGGCCGCCGGCCCCGAGCCGCCGCUGUCCCGUUGCCAGCAGAGAACGCCUGGGGAUGGCCGGCCCGGGGCGCUCGGGGGGCGCUCGGGGGCCGCUCCUGGCCCCGGGCCGAGCGCUGACAGCCGCGUCCCGCCCGCAGGGAAGGCGCAGGAGGCCCUGCAGGAGCGGUACCGGCUGGGUUCGCUGCUGGGCAGCGGCGGCUUCGGCAGCGUCUUCGCGGCCACGCGGCUCUCGGACGGCGCCCCGGUGGCCAUCAAAAGGGUGCCGCGGGAUCGCAUCCGGCACUGGGGCGAGCUGCCCGACGGCACCAGCGCACCCCUGGAGAUCGUGCUGCUGGCCAAGGUGGCCUCUGGCUGCGCUGGUGUCAUUCAGCUCCUGGAGUGGCUCCAGCUCCCCGACAGCUUCUUGCUGGUGCUGGAGCACCCGGAGCGGUGCCAGGACCUGUCGGGUUUCCUGGCGGAGCGGAGGUUCCUGCCGGAGGAGGAGGCGCGGGGGCUGUUCCGCCAGGUGCUGGAGGCCGUGCGGCACUGCACCAGCUGCGGGGUCCUGCACAGGGACAUCAAGCCCCAGAACAUCCUGCUCGACCUGGCCACCGGGCAGCUGAAACUGAUCGACUUUGGCUGUGGCGCCUUCCUCCAAGACACAGCCUACACCCAGUUUGCAGGAACCCUGUCCUACAGCCCACCAGAGUGGAUCCACCACCAACGCUACCACGGCGAGGCAGCGACCAUCUGGUCCCUGGGCCUCCUGCUGUGCCACCUGGUCAUGGGCAAGCACCCGUUCAGGAGGGGCCAGGAGAUCAUCUGGGGGCGGAUCUUGUUGCCACGACGGCUCUCUCAAGAGUGCCAGGAUGUCAUUAAGAGGUGUUUGUCCAUGCAGCCCUUGGACAGGCCGUCCUUAGAAGAGCUUUUCCGUGAUCCUUGGGUGCAGGGUGUUCCUCUGCCCUAGAGGAUGGGAGAGAUCCACGUGCACAGUUGGAUCCA